AUGACAACAAUGAAUAGAGCUAUUGUAAAAACUAGUAAUCUUCCAGCUAAUAUGCAAGAUGAUGCAGUGAAACAAUGUUUAAAAGCAAUGCUUACAUGUCGACAUGAUAAAGAUAUAGCUGCUUAUUUACGUAAAGAAUUCAAUCAAAAAUAUGGACGUACAUGGCAUUGUAUUGUUGGAGGUAGUUUUGGAAGGGAGUACUUGCAUUUAUUUGAAGCAAUAAGUAAAUCGUCACAUUGA